CUGUCUGCUUUCAGACUGGAAUGGCACUGUGAGCAGAAGACAGAGUUCUGCCUGGACUUCUGACCCGAGGAGGCCAUGGCCUUCAGAGGUCCUGAUCUCCACCUCCCUGCAUCCCUGAUGAGCCAGAGGCUGAAGGCGGAAGAGAUGACACUGGACCUGGAGUUUGAAGUCUUGAGUGUGGGAUUUAAUGAGGAGGGCAGAUAUGCCCUGAGGCUGUCAGCUGAAAAUCCACUGCAAGCAGGCUCCAGGGCUGGAGUGCAGUUGCGAGUCAAUGAUGGGGACCCCCUCCCAGCCUGCUCUGCUGUCACUGAGGUCAUUGAACAGCAGGAUCCUGAGCAGAGCCUCACCUUCACCAGGAACAAGUUUAUCUUUACUUUGCCCAAAGGGUUCUGCAAGAAUGACGGGCAGAAUGAUGCACAUCUGCGAAUAGAGGCGCUGAGGCUGGAUGGACCCUUAGGACAGGUGGCCCAGAGGGUGGGUGAGGCUAUCUUUCCCAUCUACCCACGACCGGAUGAGCCCCGAAUGAACCUGACAGCACGGGAGCAUGAGGACCUGUAUCGCUACUGUGGCAACCUGGCUCUUCUCCGAGCUAGCAAGGACCCCACAGCCCGCCACUGCGGAGGCCUGACCUACAGUGUAGCUUUCCAUGUGCACCGAGCCCCUGGGUCAUCUGUCUCAAACUGCCUUGUGGAGCCCAGCCAGCUAGAACUAAUGUCACUACAUCCAGAUCUACAGGUUCCUGAAGAACCAGGGGACCCCCAGGAUCCAGAUCCUGACACCAACUACCUGGCUCCCAGUAAUAAGGAGACUAUUGUGAUCACUCUGCAUGGAGCUACCAACUUGCCUGCCAGCAAGGAUGGCUCUGACCCAUGGCCCUAUGUGGUGGUGAAAACCACAUCAGAGAAAGCCACUACUCACAGCCCCAAAGCAAUGACCUCUGUGACCUCAGAACCCACCAGAGCGCCCAUCUGGGGGGACACAGUGAAAGUGGAGAUCCAGGCAGAGGACUCAGGACGAGAAGAUGUCAUCCUCAAGGUGAUGGACAACAAUAAGAAAAAGGAGCUGGUGUCCUAUGAAGUCCCCAUUAAAUACCUGCGUGUCUUCCACCCGUACCACUUUGAGUUUAUAAAGUCUGAGAAAGCUGAUGAAGCCACUGCCAAGACCCGCCUAUAUGCCACCAUGGUUCGGAAGGGCAGCUUGCUACCCCGUUACAUUGGCUGUGACCAUACAGCUCUGGAGGUCUUUCUUAGGGGAGUCAAUGAGCCCCUGGUCAACAGUCCCAACCCCAUGGUGGUGAUUGCUCGGGUGGUUCCCAGCUAUACUGCAUUUAAGGCCAGCCAGGCCAGGCAGGACCCUGCCUCUGUGGGGCUGCCCCUCACCCAGAUUUCCUUCCCUAUCUCAUCACCAAUGAACUUUGAUGUGCCUCGGGUCAGCCAGAACGGGUGUCCUCAGCUGUCCAGGCCUGGAGGACCCCCCGAGCAGCCCUUAUGGAACCAGUCCUUCCUCUUCCAAAGCAGAGAUGGAGCCACCAGUUUCUCAGGGGACACAGCCCUAGUACUGGAGUAUUAUCCUUCUGCCUCAAUGAAAAGCAGUGAACCAUGGGCCCUCAAGAAGCCCCUAGGUGUCUCCGUGCUGCCACUAAAGUCUCGUCUAUACCACAAGAUGUUGACAGGAAAAGGCUUGAAGGGGCUGUAUGUGGAACGGCUCCCCAUCACUGACACCCACCUAAAAACCAUCAAUUGCGAGACCCCCACGGUGAACCUCUCUUUCCAGCUGCUUUCCUCUGAGAGGCCAGAAAACUUCUUGACACCAAAAAGCAGCAAGGCUUUGCCCACCCUGAACCCCAAGAUCCUAGACGAGAACCUGGGUGCCAUCCGUGAGUCCUGGUCCAUGAAUUCCUCAGACUCCUCUCUGGAAGCAGAGGAGCCUCAGACACUGCAUGACACAGAGAUGGACAACUACCGGCGUGCCAUGCAGAAGAUGGCAGAGGACAUCCUGGCACUGAGGAAGCAAGCCAACAUCCUGGAGGAGGAGAACCGCACACUGAGGAGUCACCUGACCCAGCAGAGCUUAGAAGAGCAGAGCAGAGCUGAAGAGGAGAACCUGGCAGUGUCCAUGAAGCAGAGGCUACUGCUGAGUGAACUGGAUAUAAAGAAGCUUCGAGACAGGGUGCAACACCUACAGAAUGAACUGAUUCGGAAGAAUGAUCGAGAGAAGGAGCUGCUGCUCCUGUACCAGGCCCAGCAGCCACAGGCUGCGCAACUGAAGCGGUACCAGGACAAGCUGCAGAAGAUGAAGGCUCUGGAGGACACUGUGCGACACCAGGAAAAGGUGAUUGAGAAGAUGGAGCAGUUGUUGGAGGAGAGGCUCCGUGAGAGGAAGGAACCUGCACCAUCCAGCAGGCUGCAGGGGGAAGCGUUCACAGCUUUCCCCGUGCUCACAGCCUCUGGCAUUCACCUGGGUCCCACGGGAGAGAACGUGACUGUGGAUCUUUACUCCGUGCUGCUGUCGGAAAACACGAGGCUGCGGGCAGAGCUGGAAAAGAACCGCCAACAGCCAGCCCCCAUCAUUCUGCAGCAGCAAGCCCUGCCGGAUCUCCUCGGUGGUACUUCAGACAAGUUUAACCUCCUGGCCAAGCUAGAACAAGCUCAGAGUCGGAUCUUGUCCCUGGAAAACCAGCUAGAGGACUCAGCCCGCCACUGGGCAAGAGAGAAACAAAACUUGGCCAUACGGCUUCAGGAGCAACAACAUGGCUUUGGACAGCCAUUGAACUCCAUGAUCAUAGACCAGCCUAGUGCUGGAGUGGCCAAGGAUCCCCAACAGUCCUCCAAACUGGAACCCUCACUGCCCCACUCAGACAUGAAGCUCAACAGACCCUCCUACAUUGAGACCUCUAACCUCCAGAAGAUAUGAGCCUGGAGCUGGCCUCCUUCCCCAUGUGCUGGGUGGGGAGUUAUCCCCAUCCCAAAGAUGUCUUUAGUAAAUACUGUAACUCAAUAA